GAGGCAAGGGCCGGCGGCCCCGGGGGGUAGACCUGCGAGGUAUUUUGAGGAAUUAGGACAUAGUCCCUUGAGGUCUCAGGACAGCUAUCCCCUAGAGCGAGAGAGAUCAAAUCUUCGUUUUAGAGUUAGUUACCUUUCCGGCUGCAGAGAGGAAAGUUGAUUGGAUGCAGGUGUUGACACAAUGAUCCUGUGGAAGCCACAGUUCCGUGCUGGGAACUGUUACAAGCGCCUCCUGCCGAUUGCAACAGCUCAGAGGCUACAUCCAGUGAGUCCUCGCUUAACGUCGCUGGCAGUUGCUGGGUGACGUCAGGUGAUGGCGCCCAACCCGGAAGGAAGCAAGGAUGCCCUGCUCCCCGAUUUCCCCAGCGGGCCCCUGCAGCCCUACCGCGCACGCGCGUCCUUCAGCUGGAAGGAGCUGGCGCUGUUCUUGGAAGGCGAGGACGUUCUGCGCCUUAAGAAAGCCAUCUUCUCAGCUUUGGAGAACGACCCUCUCUUCGCCCGCCACAGGGGUGGUGACCUCUCCCUGGAGCAGUACCGCGAGCUGAACUUCCGGCGUUGCAAGCGGCUCUUCGAGUAUGACUUCUUUAUCUCCAAAGACCUGCUGGAGAACCCGUCCAAAAUGCUGGUGCUGGUGACCAGUCUGGGCAUGUACGACUGGUCCUUGGCCACCAAGAUAUUCCUGGACACAUUUGUCUUUGGGUCAGUGAUUUACAGCUCUGGUUCGGAAAGACACUUAAAGUAUAUCCCAAGGAUCAUCAGCAUGGAGAUUUUUGGAUGUUUUGCUCUGACUGAAGUCAGUCACGGGAGUAACACCAAGGCCAUCCGGACGACCGCGCACUACGACCCCACCACUGAGGAAUUCAUCCUACAUUCUCCCGACUUUGAAGCCGCCAAGUUCUGGGUCGGCAACAUGGGCAAGACGGCGACCCACGCGGUGGUGUUCGCGCAGCUGUACACGCCGGGCGGCCAGUGCCAUGGCCUGCACCCCUUCCUGGUGCAGAUUCGGGACCCGAAGACCCUGCUCCCCAUGCCCGGGGUGACAGUGGGCGACGUGGGGAAGAAGCUCGGGCAGAACGGCCUGGACCACGGGUUCGCCGUGUUCCACAAGGUCAGGGUUCCUCGCGAAGACCUCCUAGACCGGGCUGGAGACGUCACCCCCGAGGGCACCUACAUCACCCACGUUAAGGAUGACAGGCAGCGCUUGGGAGCGUCCCUCGGCAGCCUGUCCACCGGCCGGGUCUGCAUCGUGGGCAUAUCCGUCAGCAACCUGAAGCUGGCCCUGUGCAUAGCCCUACGCUUCUCGGCCACCCGGCGGCAGUUUGGACCCAGCGACGGGGAGGAGAUACCCGUCCUCGAGUACCAGCUGCAGCAAUGGCGUCUGCUUCCGUACCUGGCGACUGCCUACGCCUUGGACCACUUCUCCAAGUCCCUCUUCCUGGACCUGGUACGGAUGCAGCAAGGCCUCCUGGGGAAAGACAGCAGCGCCAGGCAGGCGGAGCUCGGACGCGAAAUCCAUGCCUUGGCGUCGGGCGGCAAGUCCCUGGCCUCGUGGACCACGCAGCGGGGGAUUCAGGAGUGUCGGGAGGCCUGCGGGGGCCACGGCUACCUGGCCGUGAACCGUCUGGGCGACCUCAGAGACGAUAACGACCCAAACUGCACAUACGAAGGGGAAAACAACAUCAUGCUCCAGCAGACCAGCAACUACCUGCUCAGCCUGCUGGGAUGUGGGGGCCCCGGUGGCACUCGCUUCAAGAGCCCGCUGAAAAGCGUGAACUUCCUGGAAGGCUACCCUGCCAUCCUUGGCCGGAGGUUCGAGGCUGCCAGUCUGCAGGACUGCCUGGACUCCGCAGUUCCCCUGGCAGCAUACGAGUGGCUGGUGUGUUACCUGCUCCGCGAGAGUCACGAAAAACUAAACCAAGAAAAGAGAUCAGGAAGCAGUGACUUUGAAGCAAGAAAUAACUCUCAGGUUUACCACUGCCGCUCCCUGGCCCUGGCCUUCCUGGAGCUCGUCGUGGCACGCAGGUUCCACGAGUACACGCACCAGCCCAGCGUGCCGGCCCCGCUGCGGGCCGUGCUCCAGCGGCUCAGCGCCCUCUACAGCCUGUGGUCCCUGAGCCAGCACAUGGCCCUGCUGUACCGAGGUGGCUACUGUUCUGGUGAGCGCGCCGGCAAGCUGGUGGAGAGCGCCAUCCUGGAGCUGUGUGCACAGCUGAAAGAUGAUGCGGUGGCCCUGGUGGAUGUGAUCGCCCCUCCCGACUUUAUCCUGGACUCCCCGAUUGGCAGAGCCAACGGCGAGCUCUACAAGAACCUCUGGGCCGCCGUCCUUCAGAAGAGCGACGUGCUGACGCGGGCGCCGUGGUGGCCGGAGUUCUGCGCUCACAAGCCCGUCGUGGGGAGUUUGAAGUCGAACCUGUAGCCGCCCAGCCUGCGCUCAGCUCAGUCUGACGGAGCCGACGAGGACCCAGACCUCAGGUUCCGGUUCUGCAGAUCCUGGCUUUCCUAUCGCUAGUGCACCUCUGCACGUCACCUAGCAGGCUGGUGGCCGCUGCCCAGAGCGAGCCUGGCCCCUCACGCCUCACCAGGAGGGGCAGCCCCCGGGUUCAGGGGUCCUCAGCCAUGUGCUCAGAAAGCCCGUACGCUGGCCUCUUCCUGACGGAGGGUCAGCGUCCGGUAACCAGGACUCGGCGCUUGGUUUUCCAUGCGCGGACGUGACUCGGGCUUUCUGGCCCACAGCUGCAGCCCUGCCCCCGCCGUGGAGCAAGCUCAGCCUCGCCCACGCCGCCCCUGCCGGCCUGGCGCUUCACCUGUGUGACUCCCUGGAAUCAGUUCUGCUCUAACUUCCCCGUUUCGCACUGUGGACCAUCUGAAUGGCACUGUUUCAGAUUUUUAAGGAAAAGAAAAUCAGGUUUAUUACUUUCUUGGAUGGAACUGGAAGUUUCCAUCAAGGAAAUGAUUCCAAAGAAA